UGCUGUAUUAAAUGGCGAUUAUAUGCAGGCGCGGAACCUCCUGUGGCUCUUAUGGAGAAUCCAUCUAUCUAUAUACAUAAAAUGAGACAAGCGCCGUACCAGGAUUCGCGAAGAAUUCCGCUUGUUUUGAGGCUUCUAGUUAAAGCAAUUUUCCAGUUCUUUGUUCUGAUAUGGUUUAUCUGGUUCAAGAUACAGAUUCCAGAUGUGUUUAUUGUCCAGCAUCCUCCUUCCUUACCUGCGUUGCUCGUCAUCAAGUUGACCAGCUGGUUUAGACUGACUAGUUUGAUAAUUGAUUGGCACGAUUAUAUGCAUACGCCGUUUGGGUUAUCCAGCAACAGAUUUCCCACGGCGGUGAGGAUUUACCAUUGGUUCGAAAGGUUUCUUGGUAGGAUGGCCGAUGGGGCCUUGUGCGUUACGCAGGCUAUACAGCAUGAUCUAUCUCAGAAAUACGGAAUUGAAGCUAAGGUUUUUUAUGAUCAAACCUAUGAUUCUUUUCAACCAGCUACAAUUAAAGAGAAGCAUGAGCUCUUUUGCAGAUUAAGGGAAGACUUUAGUUAUUUGUAUGAUAUUGAAAGUUGGGUUAACAAUCGUGAUGCUGGAACUGUGAGAAGAAUUACUAGUGCUGCUGAAAACUGCAAGGAAUAUGAUGCAACAGAUACUCUUCUUACAGCUCAGAUCGACGAUGGGUUCAGAGAUAAAUCAGAUAGACCUGCCGUUAUUGCAACCUGUAUGAACUGGAAUCGAGAAAAAAAUAUAAGCAUGCUUCUAGAAGCAGCAGCCAUAUAUGACAAGCAUCUUGAUUCAACGCUCAAUGUGGAGAGAGCUGAGCAGAUUUCUCUUGGCGCAGACACUAGCACCGACAAGAAGCACUUAUAUCCAAAAAUUCUGUUCAUAAUUAUCGCUAAAGAGGGGGAACAACAAAAGUAUGAAAACAUUUUUGGGAAGUCGCUUCUGAAACAUGUUGCCUUCUUCACGUUAUCUUUGGCAAGUGUGGACUACCAAAUAUUGCUAGGAUCAGCAGACUUAGGCGUUUGCCUGAAUACUUCUUCCUCUGGCUUGGACCUUCCUUUUACGGUAGCAGAUAUGUUUGGAUGUGGAUUGCCUGUUUGUGGUGCUUCUUUUCCUGGCAUCGAGGAGCUCAUAGAUGACUGGAGAGAUGGUCUCGUCUUUUCGACAUCUUCUGAUCUGGCUAACUCAUUCUUGACUCUUUUUAGAGGCUUUCCCUACAACUGUAAUGCUUUGAAGUUGAUGCGAAUGGGAGCCCUGGCGAAGGCAUCCUCUGUGAGAUGGCAUGCUGAGUGGGAGAAUCAGGUCAAACCCUUUAUUGAGAAGGUAGGUUUUUUUAACUUGUCAGAUUUUUAUCCUUUGUUGUGCUUGUAUGUUCCUUCGUAACACCAGUAAUUAAGCACGUGGAGUCGCUUCCUUAGCUAAGUAGAUGAGUUUAAGUUCAUCUUUGCUGGGAGGAUUUUAUUUGGAAUUAUUCAGUAAACCAACGCGUGUCUAACUCUUCAUUGAUCCUUCAUCUUAACUGAUGAAAUACAUUUUAAGGAGGCUCUGUUAAUUAA